AUGGCCCCCACUAAAAACCACACUCUAACAAUACAUUUGCUCAAAAACCAGGAUUGCCAGACUGAACAAUUUUUCCCCGAACCCAAGGAAACGGAAAAUGAAGCGGCAUCUAUGUUAAAAACGAAAAUCAGACAGCUGGAAGGUCACACUUGUGUGAAAAAAUCAAUGAUGAUUAUUCAGAAGGAUUUUGAAUUGGGGGAGUUGAAAAGGGAACUGAACGAAGAAAAGUCUCGUGUUGUAGGAUUAAAUAGGAAGCUACAGGAUUUGGAGGAUAAUAAUAAUAGAAUCAGGGCGAGUCAUGCAGAAAAUGGGGCAGGUGAUGGUAUCGCAAUGAGAAAUCAGCAAAUGGGUCAUUUUGACGAACAAAUUGUUGCUCUAAGGGCUGCAUUAUCUUCUACUAAAGACAACUUGAAUAAAAAAGAAUUGGAGAUUAUUAAAUAUCAGACACUUUUAAAGGAAGACCGGGAUAAGCAUAGUUUUGCUGCAAUAACUUAA